AUGGCACGGACAUACGCUGAUGCCGUGACGUCGCUGAACACUCUUCAGUCCAAUUUUGCAAUUGUCGAUGCAGUCCGCAAGUCUGGAGGCAGGUUGAAUGAGUUGUCCAUUCCUGAGAUGGUCGAGUGGUGCCGCAAGAUUGGAUACGAACCGUCGGAGUUCAAUGCGUUGAAGGUUAUACACAUAGCCGGAACGAAGGGCAAAGGGUCGACUGCGGCCUUCACUUCAUCCAUCCUCACUCAAUUCGUUGGGGGGAAGGGAGCGAAGUCGUUGUCAAAAGUUGGCUUAUACACAUCUCCACAUCUUCGAUUUGUUCGGGAGCGCAUCCAGAUCAAUGGAGAGCCUCUGUCGGAGGCGCAAUUCGCCCAGUAUUUCUUCGAGGUCUGGGACAGGCUGGAGGAUGUCGCGAAGGAAGCAGGACAUGACCCCCAGUCCCCCGGGUCGAAACCCGUCUAUUUCAGAUUCCUCACCCUGAUGGCCUUCCACGCCUAUAUGAGGGAGAAGGUCGAUGUUGCGGUGAUUGAGUGUGGCAUCGGUGGUGCUUACGACAGUACAAACGUCUUCGAAGCUCCAGCCGUCACUGGCAUCACAAGCCUCGGAAUAGACCAUGUCGGCAUGCUGGGGUCUACAAUCGGCGAGAUCGCCUGGCACAAAGCUGGAAUCAUGAAGAGCGGUGUCAAGUGUUUCACUCCGAGCUCUCAGCCUGCGGAGGCGAAAGCAGUGAUGGAGCGAGUUGCAAACGAGAAAGGGAGUGUGCUUCAGUAUGUGGACAUCGAUCCAGCCAUUGCCAGUGGCGACUUGAAGCUCGGACUCCAAGCAGACUUCCAGAAGAUGAAUGCUAGCCUUGCCGUUGCUUUAGCCAAAACGUGGCUGGAGCAGCAAGGCUGUGCAGACGACCUUGAAUACAGGUCAAAGUUUGCCCGCGGGUUGCAAAGUGUUCGGUGGCCAGGCAGGUGUGAGACACGCUUCGAGCCCGGAAUCAAAUGGUGCAUUGACGGUGGCCACACCCUCGAAAGCAUUGAGCUGGCGGGAAAGUGGUUCGCUUCCCAACUCAUGACCAACAAGGACUCCCCGGAACCCCUUCACCCCCAGCCUCGUUUCUUGAUCUUCAACCAACAGACACGGGACGCCGCUUCGCUUGCGACGGCACUCUUCAACACAUUGUCGACAGCGCUCAAUGAAACCCAUCCGUUUACCCAUGCUAUUUUCUGUACUAACACGACAUUCCAAGACACAGGCUUCAAGCCCGAUCUCAUUUCGGUAAAUAUCAAUGCAUCAGACGUGGACUCAAUGAAAGUCCAGAACAAUCUCGCCGAGACGUGGAGAGGCAUUGAUUCCUUGGCUCGGGUCGAAGUUGUGAGAACGAUCGAAGAGGCAGUCAGCAUCGUCCGCAACUUCGCAAAUGUUCACCGCCAGAAUGCAUCCGCAGCAGAAGAGAAAGAAGUGGCGGCAUUGGUGACGGGCAGCCUGCACCUCGUCGGAGGAUUCUUGGAGGUUUUGGAAAGCACGACGACCCCCAAGUGA